AUGGGAUAUCCUCCAAUCUCUUCUUAUGAGUGGUUGAGUGAAGGUAUAGAUGGGCCCAUUCCGCCAGACCAAAAUGUCAUACUGUGGGACAAAUUGAUUAAGCCGCCACAGUCUGUUGCUUCAUUUGUGGCACUUACUGAAGAGCUCUGCAAAGUCAUUGAGGAAUUUUUGGGCACAUUUACCCAAAUUAGUGAUCCAGACACUUUGUUGUCGACGGUUCAAGCUCAACCUAGUCUUCACCGAGCCUUGCUUGUUUCCAGCACGGAGGGAAAUUUCCACAACCUCCGCAACAAGACUUUUGGGCACGCUGUACUUCGGGAGCUAAGCACUCGUACAUAUCCGUCAACCGACGAUGGUAAAAUGUUUGAUCGGGUCUCCACUCUAUACCUCAACCAGUCCGACUAUGACUUUCAGACCGUAUUGGAGCAACUGUGUCCAGAACAGUCCCAACGGCUUAAGUUACGACAUGCCGAGGCUGAUCAAGCUAUGAUCAAGCUAUGCAAAGUAUUGCACCUCUUAUCUAUCUGGACCCACUUAGAUUAA